CUGAAUAAUUAAAGCGAUCAUACUUAAGUUGAGUGAAAUAAAUGAAUGAUGGAAUAAAAUAAUUCACGUUCUAAAAAAACUAUUCCAAGUGAUUAUUCCAGAUUAUUUUAUUGGCCAGUAAACGAAAUUACUUAAUUUAUUUCUUAUCAGUCAUUAGAAGUUUUUAACUAACGUGUUCUGACUUUCAAAUUCAUACACAAGACACCUUGUGAUACUGUUGCAUGUGUGACGUAUGAGUACGGAGUAAAAAAAUACAAACGCUCUCAAACAGAAUGGGUUACGGUGAUUAUAAUCGUUUGAAUAAUUUUCGAAAUCCAUUUGGAAAUCGUCCAUGGUUAGAUCAAAAUGGUGCUGCUGCAGCGGCUCCAGGAAAUACAGGAAUUAAAGGAAUUGUUGCUGGCGGUAUUACAGGUGGAAUCGAAAUUUGUAUAACAUAUCCGACUGAAUAUGUAAAAACACAAUUACAAUUAGAUGAAAAGGGUGGCCAAAAGAAAUAUACUGGAAUAGCCGAUUGUGCAAAGAAAACAAUUAAAGCUAAUGGUAUUCUUGGAUUAUAUCGUGGGCUUAGUGUACUUAUCUAUGGAUCAAUACCAAAAUCAGCUGUGCGAUUUGGUGCAUUUGAGAAAUUUAAAACAUUCCUAGCUGAUGAAAAAGGUAAUUUAUCACCUGGUACCAGACUGCUUGCUGGAUUGGGUGCUGGAGUUUCAGAAGCUAUUUUUGCCGUCACACCUAUGGAAACAGUCAAAGUAAAAUUUAUUAAUGAUCAACGUUCGGCUAAUCCAAAAUAUAAGGGAUUUUUCCAUGGUGUUCGAAUGAUCAUAAAAGAAGAAGGUAUUGGUGGUACAUACAAAGGUUUAACAGCCACAAUUAUGAAACAGGGAAGUAAUCAAGCAAUACGAUUCUUUGUAAUGGAAACAUGCAAAGAUAUGUAUAAGGGUGGUGAUCCAAAUGUACAUAUUCCGAAAUAUAUAAUCGGAGUAAUGGGUGCAUUUGCUGGUGCUGCCUCUGUAUUUGGUAACACACCAAUUGAUGUAGUUAAAACACGUAUGCAAGGUUUAGAAGCGAAAAAAUAUAAAAAUACAUUAGAUUGUGCCGUAAAAAUAUGGAAAAAUGAGGGACCAUUUGCCUUUUAUAAAGGUACCGUACCACGUUUAAGUCGAGUAUGUUUAGAUGUUGCCAUUACGUUUAUGAUUUAUGAUAGUUUCAUGGAAGUAUUUAAUAAAGUAUGGCCGUAAUUGUUUUCCGAAUUUUAUUUUAUUAUAAAUGCCAAAUUAGAAUUAUUAUUUUUUAAUAGAUUUGAAACAGUCUGUGAAUGUGGGCAUAAAUAGGUUUAGGGUAUUUUUAUUUUGGCCUCAAAUUUUUUUCUGGUUUUUAGAGAGAACUGUGACGUAUGUAUUAAUUUUUUUUUUACAUAGUUCGAAAUUACAUUCCGUUGUAAGAAUUUUAAGUGAUAAAAAGCAUUUAGGAGUAUAUAGUUCAAAAUAGAUAAUCAGGCAUAGGCGAUUUUUUUUCGGGUUUACGUGCCUUUGACAUUUUGGUAGCGAAAUUAUUCCUGCGUUUUAAGUACUUCAUGUUACUUAUGUAUUGUCACAAAGUCGCAAACUAUUUAUUUUCAUUUAUAAAUGUAUCCAUUAGCUGCUAUUUCAUGUGCAUUUAGCACCAAAUAAACUGAACUAUGACGUCAAAUGUCGUCAUAUUAUUCAAUUAUAAAUAAUACUGCCGACAAUCUGAAAUUGAAUUAAAACUAUUCGAACUUUUCGAUGCCAUAAACCAAUUUUAAAUAAUGUUUCUCUUUAGAGGAAUAUUUUGUUUAA